GUUAAAUAUCGGCAUAUUGGAUAAAGGCACAAAUCCAAUAUCAUUAAUCCCUAAUAUGAAGUUAUUAUUCUUGGAAAGGGAACUUUAUUGGUAUACAAACAUUACUGUAUACCAAGAUACUUUGCCAUUCUUCUGGUUUUAAAUCCUUGUCAUGAAAUACCAAGCAUUUAAAGACUAGUUUCUUACAUUUUUGUUGUUUAUAAAGAAAUUGCCCCCACAGCAGUGUUACACAGCCCUGUUCUCUGUCCUGCACAGAGCCAGCCUGUAGUCUGUUUUUGUUUACGGUCAGACUCAUGUUGUAAAGUAGGUCAUGGAAAGAGGAAGCUCGGCUAACCGCGCAUGUAGCCGUCGUGAGGUGAACAUUUAUUAAACGUGUCUACAAGGAUCGUCUCUCCUGUGGUGUUAUCUGUGAUCCUCGGUUACUGCUGGUCGUGAACAUCAGGCAGCAGCUGGACUGAUGCAGGUCGUCUCGUCUCUGGUCUGAUUGUGAACCGACUGGCGGGCUCUUCCACUCAUCAGACUCUGCUGCUGCCAUGUCCAGGCGGAGCAGGAACAGUCCUGCUUGGCGAUACGUGUGGGGUGGGAUACGACGAGAUGCUGAUGCCCGUGCACUUGUGUUAGCUUCUGAAAGGGAAGAGUGGAGCUAUGAACGCUUAGAGCUUGUGCAGGACAUGCAAUGUGUCCCCAUGAAAAAUACAAAGUUCACAUAAGUACAGUGAUUCAGACUCUGAGGCCGACUUUUCAGCAGUGAUGGUUCCCCCGGUGCCCAGUGCGGUGCCUGUCACCGGAGAGUCUUACUGCGGCUGUGAUUCUCAGGCAGAGACCAGCUACAACUCUCGUCUGCGAGGAUUUCACCAAGUCAGAGACUGCCACUGUGGAGAGGACGACCAAGAGUUUGACUGGGUUUGGGAUGCAAACAGCGGAUCCACCGCAACAAUGCUGAGUUGUGACAAUCGUAAAGUGAACUUCCACUCCGAGUACAGCUGUGGGACGGCAGCAAUCCGCGGCUCCAAGGAGAUGGUUGAAGGUCAGCACUUCUGGGAGAUCAAGAUGACGUCACCAGUGUAUGGAACAGACAUGAUGGUUGGCAUUGGGACUUCUGAUGUUAAUCUAGACAAAUACAGACACACGUUCUGCAGCCUGUUGGGGAAAGAUACUGACAGCUGGGGUCUUUCCUACACUGGCUUGUUGCAUCAUAAAGGAGACAAGGUGAACUUCUCGUCCCGGUUUGGACAGGGGUCCAUCAUCGGAGUUCAUCUGGAUACGUGGCACGGCACUCUGACUUUUUUCAAGAACCGCAAGUUUAUAGGUGUUGCUGCCACAGAACUACAGAAUAAGCGGUUUUAUCCAAUGGCGUGCUCAACAGCAGCUAAGAGCAGCAUGAAGGUGAUCAGAUCGUGCUCUGCUCCCACCUCCCUGCUCUACCUCUGCUGCGCUCGCCUUCGCCAGCUGCUGCCAGACUGUAUAGACACCCUGGAUGUGCUGCCACUGCCGCCAGGCCUACGUCAGCUGCUCCACAACAAACUGGGUUGGGUGCUUAGUCUCAACAGUGGCACCACAGAUGAAACACCCGAGGGAUCUGAGCGCCCCUCACGCUCUCACGGUCCCCCCUUGGCCGGACCGUCCUCCUCUGAGAGCGACUCGGAGGGCUGCACGUCGGACCCUGAAGCCUAUCAGAGGAAGAGAUGCCGUUGGACAUGACUGGAUGGUGUGAUUCCUACCUCCUCUCAAACACUGGCAGACGUUACAAGUGGCAUCUAAUGGAGUGUUUCCUACCUGCCUCAAGUUUUCCCGACAUUGUUAUCCUGUAGUGAAGAAAAAUACAAACAGGGUCAGAGUAGUACGAGAGUGCAAAACUGUGACAGCAGAAUCUCUGCCUGCACGUUUUUACUGUGAUCUUCUCUUAUGACAUCCACGUCUUCAUGCUCACCAUGCAUUCAGUAUCCAAAGCAGCUUCAGUGAUUAGUCAAAGUUAUGGUGUUGGUUUUAUAGCAUUACUUGUUGCCACAUGUGUUUGGGGCUUAGUGCAGGAAAGGACUGUACAGUGUAACACUGAAGCCAAGUUCGGCCACAUUUUGAUCGUCAUUAAGGCUUCUUGCAAAAGAGAAAAAAAGGGGGAUUCAAAAGUAAGAGACUGUAUAUUUUCAGUGUUUUCACCUUGUAUGCAAGCAAUGUAUAUUGUUCUCAAUGUAAAUGCUAUCACUCAUUACCAGAGUAAUAUGUUACAUGUUUUACUGGCAUCUAUAACUUUCUGUUACUUUGCCAAAGUGAAAGUCAGUGAGACUCUGUGUCGCAUGAGGGGAACAGACAGAAAGUGAAGUGCAAUAGGUGACAUAGUUUUCUUUGUUUGUUUUCAGGUCACAGCUCUAAAGCACUUCAACUGUCAAAAAGUUAAACAACUAGGAGGUGGUGAACCUGAAUGUACGUUAUAACCUCUGCCCUGCAUCAUUUUUAUUUUCAUUGAAUAACCACCGUCACCACCCGUUCUUUAGAAAGAUGAGGGGAAAAAUGAUAAAAGUCACAUCAGCGUUUGAGAGACGCCUGCCAAAACUUUUCCCCCUUUGGAGUUCCUCUUUUAAAAAACAAGGCUCAAUUAAAUAUCCUGAGUAUGCAUGUUAUCUAGUAUAUGACUUUUAGAUAAGUUACUGAAAAGAAACUUCUGCACAUUCUGAGUUAAACUCCAUCACUGUUACACCUUUUUAAACUUUUUAACCUUUUUUUUUUUGGCAAACUUAAUCUGAGACCACAAGCAGUUUCAAUGUCAAACUUUUGUACUGAUCUGUUUAUGCAAAGUGGUUCUAAGUUUCUCAAAGCUGGGUUCCAUCACUUCCUUAAACAACUCCUCUCCGUGUUUCUCAACAUGGUCACACUCGAUUGAAAUCCUUUAUGUAUAAAACUGUUGCCCCUUCUCAUCCAGAUGGACUUGAAGAGAACCUUUCCCUUGAUAUUCAAACAUUCUGCAGUCAGUUUUCUAGCCUGAUGUUAAGAUUAAAUACUAAUAGAUUAUAAAUGACCUGGGUAGGAUUUGUAAAUAAUAUGUAGUUUCUUUGGAGUAUCAAACUAUAACAAUAUUAGUGUUAAAUAGUGUUUAACCCGGGCGUUGGAGCGUCACAGUAUGCAGGACUCGGGUCUCUGAUCAUGUUUCACUUCUGAAGGUUUAAGUAGACAUACACAAAGGCUUCAGGUACUAUGCAAUAAAAGCAUCUUAUGUGAUUAUUCAGAAAUAUCAGUGUUUGAGAAGUCAUUAUAGAGACACUGACACAGCAGUGAAGGUACAGCGGACCAUCAGUCAUGAGUAUUCUAACAUGACACUCUUAUUUUCUGAGUUUUCCCUACAGACGUAGAAAUGUAACCACCGAGUGGUCGGCUGUGGACUGGCAGUGUGUUUUUUGUCUUAUCUCACAAUACUUGUCUUCACAUUGAUGCAUCCAAGCACUUUUUCUUACUGUGUUACUGUAAAUAAAGUCUUAAAGUGUCUCUUCUACACCAUGUCAUACUAAUACUGUAUGUAAAGACCUCCACUCGCCUUUUCUGUAUCAGCAUGGUUUUCAGCUGAAAAUAAAAUGAAUGAUAAGUAUGCA